AUGUACAAACUCGAUAUUCCAUUGAAUUUACGAGAAAAAGCUGCAGUUGAACGUCGCCGUCGAGCAGAAGAGGAACGUCAAGGGAGAGUCUUCAAUGCAAAAUAUCGACAGAUAGGAAUCGACAAAGAAGCACUUGAUGAACAAGUUCAAGAACGAAAUUGGCUAGAAGAACUCGAACGAAAACGUGCCAAUGCAUUCGCUCAAGAUGCAAUUCGAAAUGACACGAUCGCUCAAUUACUUCAGCAGCGACAAGAAAACGACGAAAGAGACUAUAAUCGAUCUUUGAAUGAAUAUCGUGCCAUACAUCAACAACCAUCUGCACAAAGGGAAUGGGAUUUGAAUGAUCCGGAUUAUUUGAAAAAGGAUAAACCAGCACGUGUUUCUGACGACGAUCCACGCUGUGGUCCAGCUAGUCUACAGAAAUUCCAAGGUGAAGAUCUCAAUGCACGUGCGCGAGCGAAAUAUCAAAUGGAGCAAUUGCGAGAAUGGUCGCGAAUGCAACAAGAAGAUCAAAGACGCGCACAGCAACAGCAACAAACAGCUGAUCGAUUAUAUGAUGCUAAACAAAGCGAGCUGGAUCAGCGUGCAUUGGAACUUCAACGAGCCGAAGAAGAAUGUCAACAUGCGAUCAAUCAAACAGUUAGAAAUUACAACGAUGCUUUGUUUCGGGAAACGCAAGAACGUCGCGCGUGGAAAAAACGGCGAGAAGAUUAUGAUAAUUAUGCUGAAAUGGCUAAUAUGAUCUCAUGUGAUCUACUAACUGAAAAUCCUGAUCAAGCAAUCAGCCAAUUCGGACCACACCGUGUUGUACCUGACCGAUGGAAAGGUAUGAAUGAAGAUCAAUUACGACAAAUACGUGAAGAACAACAACGUCAAAUCGAAGAGAAAAAACGUCGUGAUGAAGAAGAGCAGCAACGAGAUGAUGAAUGGGAUCGACGACGUCAUGCGGAAGCGAAAGCUGGUAUGGUUGCUGAAAAGCAAAUGGAACGUGAACAACAUUUGUACGAUCGUGACGUUUACAAUGACAAUCAACGCUUAGCAAGAGAACAACGGAAUCUCAAAGAAUACCUUGAUCGAGUUGUCUACACGAAUCAACCGACAGCAGCGUACCAUGCACAAUUCAAUACAACAUCAAGAUGA